AAUAAAAGGCGCGAGACCUCCGUCCCCCCCUCACCGGUUAAGCCAACUCCACCCACCGAGCCAAAGCCUCCACCCGUCCACCGCGCGUGAUGUCGUCGUCCCCUUUCCCGUCGGCUCCCCCGCCGCGGCACGCCGACGACACAGGCACCUCCGUGCUCUCCUGCAUCCUCAUCAUCGUCGGCCUCCUCGCCUUCGUCCUCGUCGCCUCCCUCUCCAUCAGCGCCUGCCUCCGCCACCGCUCCAACCGCUCGCGCCCGUCUCCCUCUCCCCCGCCCUCGCCGCCGCACGGGACGGACGACGGGAAGAAGGAUCUGAUCGACUCGCUGCCCCGGUUCACCAUGGCGUCCGCGCUGGCCGCGCUGCCCAGGAGCUCCCCGGACUGCGCCGUCUGCCUCUCGCCCUUCAGGCCCGAGGCCGAGCUGCGGCUGCUCCCGGCGUGCCGCCACGCGUUCCACGCCGUCUGCGUCGACGCCUGGCUCCGCACCACCCCGACCUGCCCGCUCUGCCGCGCCACCGUCGCGCCCCCGCACCCCUCCAUCGCCGCCCUCCUCGCCGCCCAACAACAGCAGCAGCCGCCGCCCCCGCCGGAGCCUGCUGCCGCGAGGGGCAGGGACCGCUCCAGCAGGUUCCACUUCCGCGUCGAGAUGGGCAGCGUCAGCAGCCGCGGCGGGUCGCCCGCCGCUUCCACCGGAAGCGACGACAGCCGCACGUACUCGCUCGGAUCCUUCGAGUACCACAUCGACGAGGAGGUCGAGGCCGUCGUGUCCCGCAUGGUGCGCGCCGCGGCCAGCGCCGACACGGUCAAGGAGGAGAAGCCAGCAGCCCAGGGAUCGCCGUCGCCGCCCGGCGAGGCGGUGGCCGAAGCGGCAGGGACGACGCCGCGCGGCUGGCUGCGGGAGUACAUGGACCGCCUGGCCUCCUCGGCGUCAUCCUUCUCCUACUCCUUCUCGGACCGGUGGAGCUCCCGGUGGAGCCAGGGCCAGCAGGGCCACAGGCAGGAGGAGCCGUGGCUGUGGGACGCAGAGGCUGCAACAGUGCCGCCGCCGCCGCCGCCGGGGACGGACGAGGAGGUGGAGACGACGUUCAUGGUGCUGUACCGGUGGAUCGCCGCCGUCUGAACUGAACAUAAUGAGUGAAAGUGCCGGGGGUCGUUGUCAGGUCAGGUGAUCCAAUGUUUUGGAAGCUUCUGUUGACCGUGGCACACAAAAUGUAGGUGCACAUAGGAGUUCGGAUCUUGGAACCUGACCAGAGAAUUGCAGGCAAGGGUAGAUUUGUUCUUCGUUUCCAUAGACUAGUUAUUUUACCAUGAAUGUAGCUGUGCCAUGCCAUGUACUUGUACUCAUGUGCCUGUGUGUGUGGCGACUAGCAACGUGUCGGUCUAGGUGCCACCAUGCAGUCUUUGCCUCAAGGGCAGAGGGGGAAAUGGUGCUGAAAAUUGGGAUCAAAAUCCAUUGGAUUAGUUCGCUCUA